GUUUGAUAUUAAAUUCUAAACACUUUUACAUCUAGAAACAAAACCAUGUUGUGAUAUUUCUUUUGAUAAGAACAAACGAAAACAUAGCGUAAACAAUGGAAACUGAUGCUCAAAUCUUUUUACUGUUCAGCAUCGGCACGAUCAUCAUGAUACUCGUUUCUUCAUGUGGCGGCGGAAGUACUAGCCCCACAGGAUUACCUGCCGAGACAAUCGACCAAACUCCGCAGCCUCAACAAGACAUUGAAACUGGACAGAGGAAAGUCCUAAUGUUCAAAGAUAUCGAACAAGAAGAAGGUGGCGGUAAACAAUUUUGUUCAAUUUGUUUGGAAGAGUACAAGGAUGAUCAUGAGGUUAUGCGCUUAAGCAAGUGUGGACAUAUUUUUCAUCGUUUUUGCAUUGACUCUUGGCUUGCAAGUCACCGGAGCUGUCCAAAUUGUCGUAGUUCUGUUGAUCUGAAUUCUUGAAUUUUUUGGUCUUCAAAUUAUAAUCGUUUUAGUA